GAUCGGAAGCGCCGCUCCGCCCUCUGGACGCGGUCGCUAUGGUAACCCAUUCGCCUCUACCUCAGGAGUUUACCAACAGGUCUCAUCUCUGCUCAUUUCUAAUGAGAUUUCACAUUUAGCAACCACUACAUGAUGGGAAGUAAAUUGUGAUUAGUGCCCAGCCUCAAUUAAUAAUCCAGGAGGAUUUUACACUUUUAAAUUAAAUGACAUUCUUCCUCAGUUUGAGCUGAAAAUGACAGAAGACCACAAAGUUCUACUUUCUCAGUCUCCUUUAUCACCCUUGACUAAAGUCACAGACAUAUCACAGCAAAGCAAUCCUGAAGACACCUUCAAUGGGGAUACCAUUCAGUCAACUUACAAAUACAUUUCAAGUGCCUUACCAAGGGAGUUUAUGUCAUCCCAGGCAAAAGCAGUUAUUAAAACUACUGAAGAUUAUUUGCAGCCUCAGUUUGGCCCCAACAGACUUUCGCAUUCUGCGGCAGUAUCAGAAGGGUCAGGACUUCAAGAUUGCUCCACACAUCAAACAGCAUCAGAUCAUAGCCAGGAUGAAAUAUCAGACCCAGAUAGCUACAAAUCAAACAGUAAAAACAAUUCUUGUUUUAUAUUGGCAUCCAAGAGAAACAGACCUGUCAGCGCUCCAGUGGGUCAACUGAGAGUUGCAGAGUUCUCUUCAAAAUUUAAGUGGGACCAGAAUUGGCGCAGAUUGUCUCGAAGACACAAACUUCAACCCAGACUGAUUAGAGUAACAGCUUACAAAAAUGGAUCUAGAACAGUCUUUGCCAAAGUUACUGUACCAACCAUCACCUUGUUGCUGGAGGAGUGCACAGAAAAGCUGAAUCUGAACAUGGCCGCACGACGAGUGUUCUUGGCAGACGGCACUGAAGCCCUCGAACCUGAAGACAUACCCCGCGAAGCAGACGUUUAUGUUUCAACGGGAGAGCCCUUUUUAGAUCCAUUCAAAAAAAUUAAAGACCAUCUGUUGUUAAUGAAGAAAGUAACUUGGACAAUGAAUGGGCUGAUGCUUCCUACUGAUGUCAAAAGACGGAAAACCAAGCCUGUUCUUUCUGUUAGAAUGCAGAAACUUAUUGAGAAGACCUCAGCCCGAAUUCUGCUCUUUAAGAAUGGCACGGGGCAGGAUGGGCAUGAGAUUACAGUGGGAAAGGAAACAAUGAAAAAGGUUUUAGAUAUGUGCACAAUGAGAAUGAACCUAAAUUCACCAGCCAGAUAUCUUUAUGAUUUAUAUGGCAGAAAAAUCAAAGAGAUUUCGAAAGUUCCUCUGCUUGAAAAAUGCCUGCAAAACUCCAUCACACCUUUACGGGGACCAGUUUGGGUCUCUAAGGGAGAAGGUUUCAGCCCCUCAGGAGCUAAGAUGUACAUCCAAGGAGUCCUUUUGACCUUAUACCAACGAUUAAAGUCUGCAAAAAAAUAUUCUAAACAGUAUGAAAUCAUACUUAAUGUUGUAGAAGAUGGGCUAAAACAUAACCAGUCAUAUUCUGGGAGAUGAAACUGUGAAUUAACUUCAUGUUGAGUAACUUUCUUCAUUUAUACUUACUUCGCUUGUAUAUUUCCAGACCUGAAAGUAU